GUAAAAGGAGGCAACAUAGAUGUGCAUCCAUCUGAGAAAGCCCUCAUUGUCCACUAUGAAGUGGAAGCAACGAUUCUGGGAGAGAUGGGAGACCCCGUGCUGGGGGAGCGCAAGGAAUGUCAGAAAAUCAUUCGGCUAAAGAGUCUUAAUGCAAAUACAGACAUUGCUUCCCUGGCUCGAAAAGUGGUUGAAGAGUGCAAGCUCAUUCACCCCUCCAAACUUGCAGAAGUAGAGCAGCUGUUGUACUAUCUGCAGAAUCGCAGAGACGCCUCAGCGGGAAAAGAAAAGAAAGAGAAAACCAGUAAGCCAAAAGAUCCACCCCCAUUUGAAGGAAUGGAGAUUGAUGAAGUUGCCAAUAUCAACGACAUGGAUGAGUACAUUGAGUUACUGUACGAGGACAUUCCUGACAAGGUGCGCGGCUCUGCCCUCGUCCUGCAGCUGGCUAGGAAUCCGGACAAUUUGGAAGAACUGCUUAUCAAUGAAACUGCCUUGGGUGCACUGGCUAGAGUGCUGAGGGAAGACUGGAAACAAAGUGUGGAACUUGCUACCAACAUAAUUUAUAUUUUCUUCUGUUUUUCAAGCUUUUCUCAAUUUCAUGGAAUAAUCACACACUACAAAAUUGGAGCUCUGUGUAUGAAUAUCAUAGACCAUGAACUGAAGAGGCAUGAGCUUUGGCAGGAAGAACUUGCUAAAAAGAAGAAAGCUGUUGAUGAAGAUCCUGAAAAUCAAACCCUGAAAAAGGACUAUGAGAAAACGUACAAGAAAUAUCAAGGGCUGGUUGUCAAGCAGGAACAGCUGCUCAGAGUUGCACUUUACCUGCUUCUAAAUCUUGCUGAGGAUACUCGCACUGAGCUGAAGAUGAGAAACAAGAACAUCGUCCAUAUGUUAGUGAAAGCACUGGACCGUGAUAACUUUGAGCUGCUUAUCCUGGUUGUAUCUUUCUUGAAGAAACUCAGCAUUUUUAUGGAGAACAAAAAUGAUAUGGUUGAAAUGGACAUUGUUGAAAAACUUGUGAAAAUGGUACCUUGUGAACACGAAGACCUGGAACUGAACAUCACUCUUCGACUCUUACUAAAUCUCUCCUUUGACACGGGCCUGAGAAACAAAAUGGUACAAGUUGGUCUGCUACCCAAACUCACUGCUCUUCUAG